AAAUAACGGAGGAAAUCUCUAUCUUUGUUAGAAAUUGCGAAGCGCUCGAAAGCCUGUCUCUGGCCGUGCAACUGAAAACCAACAAAGUCUUUCUUCCAGAUCCGCUCCAACGAAAGCUGCACCUUCUCUCUUCUUUCGAGCUCCAGCUGCCGGCUAUUGGGUUCCCGACGACGACUGUUGGUGCCUGAGUAAAUGUGGUAAAGAGGAAACAGUUCAGCUCGAAUCAAGUGCUGCGAAAUUUUGAGAGCAUGGCAAAAUCAAGGCACUAUUUUUCUUCCCACGAUUCAUCAUUAUCACCCACUUCGGUAAGAUCAAGAGAAUGGGAGGGUCCAUCUAGAUGGACAGAGUACUUAGGCCCUGAUGUUAGUUCUCCAAUGGCAACUAGGAGCUCUAAAAACGUCGGUUCAGAUGGUGGUGGGUCCCACAAGGGUUUGCAAUUGCAGUGGGUCGUGCAACUUAUUGAGGUUGCAGAAGGGCUUAUGGCUAAGAUGUAUAGAUUAAAUCAAAUCUUGGACUACCCAGAUCCUGUUGGUCACAAUUUUUCAGAAGCCUUUUGGAAAGCAGGCAUAUUCCCCAACCAUCCAAGAAUUUGUAUAUUUCUCUCCAAAAAGUUCCCAGACCACUUCAGUAAAUUGCAACUUGAGCGUGUUGAUAAGGCUGCUUUAGAUGCCUUACAUGACAGUGCAGAAAUUCAUUUGCAGAGUUUGGAACCAUGGAUUCAGCUACUUCUUGACUUGAUGGCAUUUCGUGAACAAGCCUUACGCCUUAUAUUGGACUUAAGUAGUACAGUUAUUACCUUGUUGCCUCAUCAGAAUUCACUUAUACUACAUGCAUUUAUGGAUCUCUUCUGUUCAUUUGUCCGUGUCAGCCUCUUUUCUGAGAAGCUGCCAAGGAAGAUGAUGCUGCAAGUAUAUAACCUUUUGCAUGCUGUGUCAAGAAACGAACGAGACUGUGAUUUUUACCAUAGGUUGGUUCAAUUCAUCGACUCCUAUGAUCCACCAUUGAAAGGAUUACAGGAAGACCUAAAUUUUGUCAGUCCUCGUAUUGGAGAGAGGCAUUGAGUAUUCAAUUUUUAAUUACAGGUUUUAGAGGCUGUUGGUCCUAUUAUUUUUUUAUCAACAGACACAAGGAAGCUGAGAAAUGAGGGAUUUUUAAGCCCAUAUCAUCCUCGAUAUCCAGACAUACUUACUAAUUCUGCUCAUCCAAUGGUAAUAACUGUUAUUUUGAAGA